AUGAAAGUGGACACAGAAAAGGAGGAUGAGGUUUGGUUUCAUGUAGGGAGAAAUGACAUGAGAUUCGGACGGAUGGAGUUUGGACUCAUUACUGGCUUACCUAUGGGUAGUGCCCCUACAGACGAGGAAAUACACGCCAAGUCCAACGACCAUCUAGUUCGGACUUAUUUUGAAGGGAAGAGUUCUGUUCAGUUGGACUCCCUUAUGCUCCAACUUGAGAGGUGCGAAGAUAAAGAUGAUGCCUACAAGCUUGGACUGAUCGCUUUCAUUGAAGGUGUAUUAGUAUCAAAGGAGGGCAAUGUCCAAGUUUGGCCUGAGAUGUUGAAGUUUGUUAACGAUCUCGACUUCUUCUUUAAGUAUCCGUGGGGCGAGCGCGCUUUUCGUAAGCUGAUGGAGACAUUAGGAAAGAAUAUGCAACAUUACAAGGAUAAUGUUGACAAGAAGAAGGGGAAGAAGAUUGCUCAGGAGGCAAAGUACACAGUUAGUGGCUAUGUACCUGCCUUUCGAUCGGGCAUACGAAGCAAUUGA